UAAAUUUAUACACAAGUGACGACUGACAAGAUACGAGAUGAAAUCUCUCACAAAGCACUGACCCACUGUAUCUAUCAUUCUGCGUUUCUCUUGCUUUCUUUACAUUGGCUAACAAGUAACAAUGGAUUGUAUAGGUUCUCCAUGGAUUUCAGGAAGCUUCAUUCUCUCUCCUCCACGACCACCACAACUUCCUUCAUCAUUCACGUUAUCAUCUUCUUCUUUUCGACUAUUUUGCCGCUCUCAAUUCUCAGCCAAGGACCUCAAGUUUGUGCUUCAUGAUGCUCUUCAUUUCUCUGGAACUGACAUCACUCAUGCUAAGGCCGCAAGGGAUUGUUUUAUUUCACAGAUUCAAAAUUUAUCUGUGGUUGAAAGAGAAACUAGCAUUUGUAUUAAUAGAUGUGUGAACCUGGGGGAAACAGCUUUAUAUAUUGCUGCAGAAGAUGACUCCCUCAUGUCUCACUCUUCCGUACCUCUUCCAGUUGAUGCUUUCUUGGAGAGACUAAAUAAACUUUCUACAAGCUAUUGUCCUCAUUUUCGUUCUUCAUUAGCUUCAUCACCAGAAGAUCUCUUGGACAGCUUAGAGAGGUAUUUGUACAUCACAAAGGGUUUCCGGAGAACUACAGGUUAUCUCCCUUCGCCAAAAGAUUAUUAUCUUCACUCGGUUUUGGCACAGCGUUGUGGUUCCGUUGCUAUUUUGUCUCUUAUUUAUUCGGAGGUCCUCAAAAUGCUGCAACUUUGGGGUGUAAUAGAUUUUGAUGUAGAAAUUCAUUACCCACAUGAUCUCUCAAGUCUCCCUCGAGCCUAUAAUAAGAAGAAAGGCAAAGAAUCUGAUCAGAAACACAUAAUGACGUCAGAGUCUCUGUUAGUGGAGAUCUUGAAGAAUUUGAAGAAUACUUAUUGGCCAUUUCAACAGGGUCACACCGAGAGUUUGUUCUUAAGAGCAGCAAAUGCAGCUAAUUGCAUUAAUAGUGGCUUUGAACAUGCUUCUGCAAAGGCUUCCCAACACAGGCUAGAUCGUGGUGUUUGGACCAGUGUGCUUUUUGGGGACAUGAGGCGUGCAUUAUCUGCGUGUGAACGCCUAAUCCUCUUAGAAGCCAAUUCGGAGGAGUUGAGAGACUAUGCUAUUCUUCUGUACCACUGUGGCUAUUAUGAAGAGGCUCUGCAGUACCUUAUUUUUUAUAAUGAAGCAAAGCAAACAUCAGAUUCAUUGGACAACCCAGCAGAAGAUGAUGCUGUUGAAAAACUCAUUGUUCGACUCAACCUCAUUUUGAUGGAGGAAGAUUGGAAGAGGCCGUCUGGAAGUUUCCUUCGUAACAAUUCUGAGCCUUGGUAGUAAAUCUGAUACAGAUUUUAUGCCUCUGAUCAAUUCUUGGCAGCAACUCAUAUAUAGGCCCUUGGAAAAACGGGGUUAAAGUAAUACUUGGUGGAGAAUAAUCUUUUGAUGAGUCAAAGUGAUUACGACCCUGAACUUCUUUGAGAGAUGGGAUUAAAAUUGCCUUGGAGCUUAAUCAGCAGAAGGUAAAUCUUGAUGACCUGUGUCUUUGGUGACAUAUAUCAUGCAUUUUGUACAUUAUUAGGAGUUUUUUUGUUUCUAUGUAUAUAUACGCGUACAAUUGCUUGGGGUGGGAGGGUGAUAAAUCUGAUAAUCGUAUGAGUAAGUGCUGUUUGUCAUUUCCAAUCCCCAUUUAUCCACGUGCAUUGUACAUAACAUCAUAUGUACUGAACUCCACUCUCUAAUCUCUAUACUGUCAUUUUCUUUAGGACAUGGACCUUCCUGAGAUCCUCUCUACGAGAUCUGUACUCGGAGGGUUUUGCUGUUAUCAUGUACUUACAUAUUACCAUUAUUGAAAGUAUUUUUCAGAUCUAA